UUCUGAAAAAUGUAAAUAAUGUAUAAUUUUCAUUUCAAGUUUAGGAUUAGUUUUGUUAGUCAUCACUGAAAUGUGCAGCAGUUAAUUCCAGUGAGCGGCAAGAAGUGACCAAUAUGGUUAAAUUCUUAAAAAAGUGUUGUGUCCACAUCCCACAACGAUUCCUUGUGUACGGAAUGCUAUCUUUUGCAUAUAUGAUAUGUCUCAUGGACCGCCAAGCCUACUUCCAGACCAUUUACACAAUGGUGUACGUACCAACCCAUGAGGUAGACUCCAAAAGUGACUGCCCAGCUAUGUACGACAAAGGAAAAACCCGAGGAGCGCUGGCUGAUUUCAUGUUCACGUUCUUCGGAGACCACAAACAGAUGAGAGCAUUGACACACGCUUUUUACGCAGGAUUUAUCGUCUCCACCAUUCCGGCGGGCUGUGUGGCAGACCAUUACGGUGGUCGUUGGGUGAUUACUUUCGGGAUUCUUAUGAGUUCCCUCACCACUAUGAUGUACCCUAAAGUGGCUCUGCACGGCUCUGUCAGGCUGCUUGUGGCCAGACUCAUCCAAGGUUUUGGGCAGGGUUUGGUGUUCUCCAGCACGUACUCACUACUGGCACAGUGGACACCAAAGUCCGAGAGAGCCAGAUGUAUCGGAAUAGCCUUAUCAGGAAGCUUUGUAGGAUGGGGUGUAGGAUUUGGACUACCUAAGUUAUUUCAAAAGUUCAUGGACGUUUGGGAGAUUCCGUUGUAUCUGACUGGAACCGUGUGUCUGUUCUGGGUCCUGGUUUGGCUUCAUUUCUGCAGUAGCAAACCCAGCCAAAGUGUCUACAUCACAGACACUGAACUACAGUAUAUCCUGAACAACAGAGAAGGUAUAGAGGACGAGAUUCUAUCGAAACGUCUCAAUGUACCAUGGAAAGCUGUGUUAACAUCGCCCUCUGUGUGGUCUCUCGUGCUCAUUGACUGGGCUUUUAGCUGGGUACAAUACCCUAUGAUGCACCAGCUUAAGUACUACGCUGUCAAUGUACUCAGAAUCACCAAUGACCUGAGCCGAUCAGCGGCGAUCUUUGCGGAAACGGUGACGCCUUUCUUAUCUACAAUAUUCUGGAGCUGUGUCAGCGACUACCUGGUGAACAACAAUUACAUGUCCCGCACAGUCAUCCGGAAGCUAUUUGGGGUAACAUGCAACAUGCUAGUAGCACCUUGCCUUCUAGCCAUUCCCUUGGCAGGCUGCAGUAGCCUCACGGUAUUUUCUAUCUAUGAGGUUAUAACCUUCAACUCCGGAUUGCACGUUUCGGCGAUAGGGCCCAAUCCACUAGACCUGAGCCCCAGACAUGCUGGAAUGAUAUCCGGCCUUCUAAGAACGUCGGGGAUUGUCGCCGCUAUCUUCGCUUGGGAAUUUGUACUCACAAUGGGAAUGCCCAGUGAUAUCGAUCGGUGGUGGAUACUGUAUCUAUGGAUCAUCGCGCUGUUGGUAAUCCUGUCUCUGCCCUACAUCUGUUUCGGCUCGGGAAAGAUUCAGCCCUGGAAUUUUUCUACUAGGGGCUCCAUGCAUACCUUAACUUCUCGCACAGUAGCAUCCAUACCUUCGCGUGUUCUUCAAUAA